AUGGGCAAUCGAGGCUUAUGGAAUCAACAUAAGGAUGGAAAAUGGUACCGCUUCUUUGACGCGCCCCGCGCCAUCAUCUCUCCCGAAUCACCGGCGACGCUGCGAGUCCUCCAGCUCUGGGCCGCGGACACAUUCGACCUCACGCCGUGGGAGCUCGUCCCAUUCCCCUCGCCCCUGCACAGCGAUCUGGAAGUCGUCUACACGAUCGACAAGGACUGCGGGCUGUUGACAGUCGCGCAAUGGGAUAGCACCAACGGUGUCCCAUCCCGCCUGACCCGCCAGAUCAAGUUGAUUGAGAUCUACGAUCCUUCGAUUCGCACACUGGAUGCGGUUCUCGCCGAGAGGGGGAAUGUGGUUGAGCAGCUUCGCAUCCUGAGACCUCACCCUCCGGCUAUCCUUCCGGCCAUGAAUUGGACUAUCGAGCCGCCCACACCGCUGAACGAGCUCCAAUUCCGCUGCUUCGUCGACUUUGUCCGCCUGUGGCGGUUCUAUCUCGACGACCUGUCGGGUUGGCCGGAUAGGCUUCUUCUCCGGACGAUGGCGAUUGGGAUCCUGCGCAUCGCGGCGUGGGAUUUUGAGGUCCUGGUCGACACGGAAACAGCGGAUGCGCCUGUUACAUUCUCCUCGUUACCGCGAUGGUCAGCUCCCGCUGACGAUAUCUUCUGGUUUCAUGGGCUCCUUGUCACUUUGUACAGUCCUUUUGAGUCACUCGACCAAGCGGUCGAAAAUGCACAAGCCUACUUAAAGAAGGGUCAAUGCAGCACACCGACCGUCCGCGUGCUCCUCCUCUCGCUCAGCCACGUGACUCUCGUGGAAAUAUCCGGCCCCAGUGCGAAGUGCUCCCCAACCCUGCCUCUAAUAACCAACCCCUCGGCAAUCUACCCUUCCCCUGGAUUCCUGGCACUGGCCUCUCUCCUAACUUCCCAGCCUCGAACAAUGCCCUGGUCCGAUCGAGAGGAGUGGGGCGUGAACCUCCCGACAGAGAUCCUCGAGACCAUUGUCCAAGCCCUGCCGCCUAAAGACCUAGUCUCGUUUGCGCAGGCAUCGUUCAGAGUCGAAAAAUGGUACUAUGCCUCCUCGUCCUCCGUUCCCCAGCUAGGCGGUCUCUGCGUACGAAGCUUCGAGUUCUCACGGCCGUGCUGUGGCGAAGGCUAUCAGCCUACCGGGGAAAGUGUCACCUGCUCAACCUGUUACACAUGGUCUCACACGCCCUGUCUCAGUUUGGAAACUCUUCGACCCGGCGAGGUGUUCAAAUGUGCAAGCUGUCAGCAGAACGGGACAUGCGGCGAUUUAGAGGGCGGUGGGAUUCAUCGAACAUACCAGACGGGGCAGUCCACCAGGCGCACCGCGUGCAGGGUGGCUGUUGACGGGGCGACGAAACUGCUCCAGCUGCGCACAUCGGAGCCCGCUGCUCGGCGGGCUGAGUUGCGGGGCUCCACUAGUGGCGUGACGAUUUCUCCUGGCGAGACAAACUAUGCGAUCUGUUUCAAUGGGAUUCUUUCGGGGCUGGCGUAUGAGUUGGGUGAUUGUGACGAUGGAUGAGAGGGAAUUUCUCCGCAUCGGGGGUAGAGUCAGUCUGAUCGAAGGAAGUUCACACCUUGUUAGUCUGCUGGAUAGGGGAUAGGCAGGAAGAAUGACGACCAGAGAGAGAGUAGAAUAUCUCGAUCUGGCGAAUCACCGGGUCAAGCAGCAAGGAAAUGAUGUGUCGGCCGUUAGCUCCUCGGAUAGCCUCGUAUAGC